AUGAAGAAAGCAAUUCUCAUAACGUUUCUCGUAGCCACAUCAAUGGCUUAUAAUCAAGCACUCGCACAAGAAGAAUAUGAUGAGAUCAGUCCAUCUCCACAAGAAUAUCUAGACGUAACAGCUGCUGUAAAUUACGACCAUGAACUCAUACAGCACAUGACGCCACAACACCUAGGAUUUCUCAGAGCUUGUACGGAAAAAUUGCUCUCAAAAUGUGGGAUCGAGAUACCGGAAGGAUUGGUCAAGGACAAGCCCGUGUCCGUGGAAUGUUGUGAAAACAUGAUGAAUAUUGGAAUAGACUGUCACAAAGGAUUGAUGGAUUUUGUUUUCACCACUUAUGAGCUAAAAGAUGUCGCCAGUGAGUUUCUUCCUAAGAGCAAGCGGAUUUGGAACCAAUGUGUUCAGACUACUGCUAGUCGGAUUGGUGCACCUGUUGCUUUUGAAACUUAA